UGGGCGGAAAGGCUGUGUUGCAGCCGAGACGUGGACGGGAGGGCGCUGCCGGGCCAGCGGGCGUGCUCAUGCAGGGGCGGGAGGAGGGAACAUGGCGGCCGGGCCAGGACCCUUUGCUCCUGGCUCUGCGCGGCUCCUACGCCUGGUUUGCUUGCCCUUUUACCUGCUUUUCUGGAACCUUGUUUCCCCUCUCCUUGUGUCCCCUUUCCCUCAGCCGUUUCUUUUGCUUUCCUCGACUCUUCCGCCAGCUCCAUACUGGGUCGAAGUGUGAGAGGUAGAUUAAGUGGGAGCCGGUCGGGCCCGUCCGGUGCCGAGACACCGACUCCUAAAUUUGAUUAGGUUCUCGCAUGUCACUUUAUCAGUCUGCCUGGGGUCACAGGAGAAGUACUGAACAUGAGAGAUCAAGCCUGAUUUGUAGUCCUGUUGAUGUCUCUGAGUAAGUUCUGGAGGGAUCCUGCCUCUUGGAGCCUUCGCAGCCAGGCAGCUGUGAACUGUGAGCUAGAGUGAAGCAGAAAUCUAGGAAGAUGAGCUCCAAGAUGGUCAUAAGUGAACCAGGACUGAACUGGGAUAUUUCCCCAAAAAAUGGCCUUAAGACAUUUUUCUCUCGAGAAAAUUAUAAAGAUCAUUCCAUGGCUCCAAGUUUAAAAGAACUACGUGUUUUGUCCAACAGACGUAUAGGAGAAAAUUUGAAUGCCUCAGCAAGUUCUGUAGAAAAUGAGCCGGCAGUUAGUUCAGCAACUCAAGCAAAGGAAAAAGUUAAAACCACAAUUGGAAUGGUUCUUCUUCCAAAACCAAGAGUUCCUUAUCCUCGUUUCUCUCGUUUCUCACAGAGAGAGCAGAGGAGUUAUGUGGACUUGUUGGUUAAAUACGCAAAGAUUCCUGCAAAUUCCAAAGCUGUUGGAAUAAAUAAAAAUGACUACUUGCAGUACUUGGAUAUGAAAAAACAUGUGAACGAAGAAGUUACUGAGUUCCUAAAGUUUUUGCAGAAUUCUGCAAAGAAAUGUGCACAGGAUUAUAAUAUGCUUUCUGAUGAUGCCCGUCUCUUCACAGAGAGAAUUUUAAGAGCUUGCAUUGAACAAGUGAAAAAGUAUUCAGAAUUUUAUACUCUCCACGAGGUCACCAGCUUAAUGGGAUUCUUCCCAUUCAGAGUAGAGAUGGGAUUAAAGUUAGAAAAAACUCUUCUUGCAUUGGGCAGUGUAAAAUAUGUGAAAACAGUAUUUCCCUCAAUGCCUAUAAAGUUGCAGCUCUCAAAAGACGAUAUAGCUACCAUCGAAACGUCAGAACAAACAGCUGAAGCUAUGCAUUAUGAUAUUAGUAAAGAUCCAAAUGCAGAGAAGCUUGUUUCCAGAUAUCACCCUCAGAUAGCUCUAACUAGUCAAUCAUUAUUUACCUUAUUAAAUAAUCACGGACCAACGUACAAGGAACAGUGGGAAAUUCCAGUGUGUAUUCAAGUAAUACCUGUUGCAGGUUCAAAACCGGUUAAAGUAAUAUAUAUUAAUUCACCACUUCCCCAAAAGAAAAUGACUAUGAGAGAGAGAAAUCAAAUAUUUCAUGAAGUUCCAUUAAAAUUUAUGAUGUCUAAAAACACAUCUGUUCCAGUCUCUGCAGUCUUUAUGGACAAACCUGAAGAGUUUAUAUCUGAAAUGGACAUGUCCUGUGAAGUCAACGAGUGCCGAAAAAUUGAGAGUCUUGAAAACUUGUAUCUGGAUUUUGAUGAUGAUGUCACAGAACUUGAAACUUUUGGAGUAACCACCACCAAAGCAUCAAAGUCACCAAGUCCAGCAAGUACUUCCACAGUACCUAACAUGACAGAUGCUCCUACAGCCCCCAAAGCAGGAACUACAACUGUGGCACCAAGUGCACCAGACAUUUCUGCUCAUUCUAGAAGUUUAUCUCAGAUUCUGAUGGAACAAUUGCAAAAGGAGAAACAGCUGGUCACUGGUAUGGAUGGUGGCCCUGAGGAGUGCAAAAAUAAAGAUGGUCAGGGAUUUGAAUCAUGUGAAAAGGUAUCAAAUUCUGAGAAGCCUUUGAUACAACAUAGUGACUUGAAAACAUCUGAUGCCUUACAGUUAGAAAAUUCUCAGGAAAUUGAAACUUCUAAUAAAAAUGAUAUGACUAUAGAUAUGGUACAUGCUGAUGGUGAAAGACCUAAUGUUCUGGAAAACCUAGACAACUCAAAGGAAAAGACUGUUGGAUCAGAAGCAGCAAAAACUGAAGAUACAGUUCUCUGCAGCAGUGAUACAGAUGAGGAGUGUUUAAUCAUUGAUACAGAGUGUAAAAAUAAUUGUGAUGGAAAGACAGCUGUUGUGGGUUCUAACUUAAGUUCUAGACCAGCUAGUCCAAAUUCUUCCUCAGGACAGGCUUCUGUAGGAAACCAGACUAAUACUGCUUGUAGUCCUGAAGAGUCAUGUGUUUUAAAAAAACCUAUCAAACGAGUAUAUAAAAAAUUUGAUCCAGUUGGAGAGAUUUUAAAAAUGCAGGAUGAGCUCUUAAAGCCAGUUUCCAGAAAAGUACCCGAAUUGCCCUUAAUGAAUUUAGAAAAUUCUAAACAGCCUUCUGUUUCAGAGCAAUUGUCUGGUCCUUCAGACUCCUCUAGUUGGCCGAAAUCUGGAUGGCCUUCUGCAUUUCAGAAGCCAAAAGGACGAUUGCCGUAUGAACUUCAGGACUAUGUUGAAGAUACAUCGGAAUACCUAGCUCCUCAGGAAGGAAAUUUUGUUUAUAAGUUAUUUAGCCUGCAAGACCUGUUGUUACUCGUACGCUGCAGUGUCCAGAGGAUAGAGACAAGACCACGUUCUAAAAAACGGAAGAAAAUCAGAAGACAAUUUCCAGUUUAUGUACUACCAAAAGUAGAAUAUCAAGCUUGUUAUGGAGUUGAAGCUCUGACUGAAAGUGAACUUUGUCGCUUAUGGACUGAAAGUUUAUUGCAUUCUAACAGCUCAUUUUAUGUUGGGCAUAUCGAUGCAUUUACUUCAAAGCUUUUUCUACUGGAAGAAAUUACCUCAGAAGAAUUAAAAGAAAAGCUUUCAGCACUCAAGAUUUCCAAUUUAUUUAACAUCCUCCAACACAUUCUAAAGAAAUUAAGUAGCUUGCAGGAGGGUUCCUACUUGUUAUCUCAUGCAGCAGAAGAUUCUUCACUCCUGAUUUAUAAGGCCUCUGAUGGAAAAGUUACUAGGACAGCAUACAAUUUGUAUAAAACACAUUGCGGCCUUCCUGGUGUACCUUCCAGUCUCUCAGUUCCCUGGGUCCCAUUAGAUCCCAGCCUGUUAUUACCAUAUCAUAUCCAUCAUGGAAGAAUACCUUGUACUUUUCCACCUAAAUCACUGGAUACCACAACACAACAAAAGAUUGGUGGAACAAGAAUGCCUGCACGCAGCCACAGGAAUCCAGUUUCCAUGGAAACCAAAAGCAGUUGCUUGCCUGCUCAGCAAGUUGAAACUGAAGGAGUAGCUCCACAUAAAAGAAAAAUAACUUGAGGACUGUACCAUGGAAAAUUAAAUUUAAAAAAACAGUUAUAACAAUGUUUAAUUUAGAUAAGUUUGAGAGGAAAUAAUCAGUAGGCAAGAGGAACAUUUUUCCUGUAGUAGCUAGAGUGCCUUGAAAAAAUGUGUUGGCUAUGUGAAGGAAUAUUUCAACUAAAAUGGAAUGGUAUGCUUUUCACCCUUAAAGUUUGAGGAGGAUCUUGAUAUGUUUUAACAUUAUCAUGGCAGGGAAAUAUAUAAAGAAGAAAAAUAUUUUUACAUUAAACCUUUUCUAAAAAUUGUAAAUAGAAAAAUAAUUUGGUUUUUUAUCAAGAACAACACUUAUCAUUAUGUAUUGUGUUAGUUAUAUUGCCAGUCUGUUGAGACUGACUCAAAAAGUUAAAUGUUGCCACUGCUGAAGAUGAUUAUGAGCAUUGCAAACCUUGUUUCUGACCCCUUUUGACAGUUUUUAUAUACUCCUUUAAAAUGAUGAAUGUUACAGGUUAAUAAAGUUAAUACCUUUAAAAACUUGGUGAAAUUCCAUUACAGAGGCCAAAAAUAAAAACUCCCUGCCUCUGAAAA